AUGGUUGGCCAGUCUUUAGGGAGUUACUUUAAUAGUCUCCAAUUUUGUGUUAGAGUUUCUUCGGGAGGUGAGGCGAUUCUUCAUGCUGUGAAUCGGUUGAUUGAGGAUUGUGGUUCCGAUGUUGGUCUUUCUAUGUUAUUGGUGGAUUUUCAAAAUGCCUUCAAUCUAAUUGAACGUGCGGCCAUGUUACGUGAAGUUCGUCAUCGUUGUGCGGGCCUUUCGCGAUGGGUUGAAUUCUGCUACUCUAAUCCAGCUAGAUUGUAUUACGGGGACCACACCUUAUGGUCGUCUCAGGGGGUGCAGCAGGGUGAUCCCAUUGGUCCUCUGCUUUUUGCUUUGGUUUUACAACUCCUGGUGUGUAAAAUGAGAGACACUUUUGAUGUAUGUCUUCGAGCUUGGUAUUUGGAUGACGGCACUGUUAUUAGUGACACGUUGGUGGUGGGGAAGGUUCUGCAGUUGAUUAUGGAGGAAAGGCCUCGUCUUUGGUUACAUCUUAACGUGGAAAAAACUGAAGUUUUCUGGCCUUUAGAAAACCCACGAAGCAGGCUUGUGGGUGUCUUUCCACCUAAUAUUGCUCGACCCUUGCGUGGUGUUAAGUUGCUUGGUGGUCCCGCUAAUUCUAAUUUCGAUUUUGGAGGUAAGCUUGUGAUGCAAAGGGUGACCAAGACCAUUGCGCUUAUGGAUAGGGUUUCUAAGCUUGAUGAUCCUCAGUGUGAGCUGUUGUUGCUUAGGGCUUGUACUGGAGUUUCUAAACUCUACUUUGCAUUGCGUACUUGUCCUCCUAGUACUUUUGAGGCGGCUCAGCGCACAUUCAAUGGGGCUCUUCGAUCUUCCUUGGAGCGUAUUGUUACUGCUUCAGGGCCUGGGUUUGGCGAUUGGCAGUGGCGGCUUGCCACCUUGCCUUUUGCGUAUGGUAGGCUUGGUGUUUAUUCCGCAGGUGAUGUUCGUCAUUAUGCUUUUCUUGCUUCGCGGUUACAAUUUGCUGGGUUGCAGACAAGGCUUCUAUGGCAUGCUGGCGUUGUUGGCCUUGGUUGA